GUUCCACUUCAAAUCAAAAUUAAAGAGGCAGCUUGAUAGAAGCCAAAUGUUCCAGUUAUUUCCAUCAACCCACCAAAAUGACGACCUAUUAGUUGAUUAAGCAAAGCGCAUAAGUACGGAAGUACCCAUCGAGAAUACACUCCAACACCAACGUAAUAGAAUUCUCCAACACCAACGUAGUAGAAAAAAUGGCAGCACAAGGAACAUGCCUUAAUCAUGUCUCCCGAGAAUCCUCUGAUAUCAAACGUCUCGCCCAAUUUUACAUUGAGAUAUUUGGGUUUGAGAAAGUUGAAGCACCAAGAUUUGAAUUUGAUGUGAUAUGGUUGAAACUGGCACCAUCUUUCUAUCUUCACCUUAUUGAGAGGGACCCAAAUACGAAGCUUCCAGAAGGUCCAUGGAGUGCCACGUCAGCCGUUGCUGACCCGAAGAAUCUGCCCAGAGGUCACCAUGUCUGCUUCUCCGUCUCCAAUUUCGAUUCUUUUGUUCAGACCCUCAAGGAGAAAGGAAUUGAAGUUCACGAGAGGACCCAACCGGAUGGAAAGACCAAACAACUCUUCUUCUUUGAUCCAGAUGGAAAUGGUUUGGAGGUGAGCAGUGCGGCUCCUCUCUCCUGAACAGUGACCAAACACUUGGUCUCGUGUACUUUGUAGCCAUAAGUUUUAGAGUACAAUAAACCCACAGGCCAUAGGAAACAUUAGCUCGGAUGAUGACCUUGUGUAAAUUUGCCUAUUGGUAUGAAAAUACUUGUGUUUACUUAUGCUUUCUCUUUGCAAUUGCCUCCAAGAAGCUUGUACUCUGAUUGUAGCCAGUGCAAAAUGACUCCAAAUUGAUAGCGUAAGGAAUGUAUGUAUGUAGAUCGAUCUCUCAAUAAGACAAUACCAGUGGAGUAAGUCA